AUGGGGCCUCAGUGCAUCGCGGUGGUGGGGGCCACUGGCCAUCAAGGUGGCGCGGUGGUGCAGGCGCUUGUAGCCAAGGGCGUGAGUGUGGUGGUUGCGAUCACGCGAAACCCGUACUCCAAGAAGGCCCAGGAGCUUAAAACCACUUUGCGCAGGGUGGAGCUGCGUAAGGGAGACCUCAGCAACCAGAAGUCGUUGGAGGCAGCGUUCAGCGGUUGUGAUGGGGCGUUCGUGCUUGGGACUGACAACAGGACCACGGGCCACUGGAAAUAUGAGAACAUGAAGAAGCAGUACGAGAACUGUGCUGCGGCCUUGAAGUGCAUUGAUGGCAUGAAACAUGUGGUGAUCUCGGCGACGGAGUUCCUCCCUGCGCAGGAAGUCUUCAAUGGCAAGGGCUUGCCCAUCACGUACGAGGCCAAGGACCACAUCUUGGCCACAAGGGACAUAAAUAUCUGUCGAGAGCUCGCCGGUGGAAAGCUGGCGGACCCGGUGGAAGAGCUCAGGGAUAUGCAUCAGGGCGUGUCGCAGGCCGGCAACUUCAAGUUCCGGCGUGUCAUUGGGGCGCUGGGGGCGUCUGGCAAGCAAGGUCUUGCGGUUGUGUGCUCACUUUCGCAGUUUGGUAAGCGCAGCGUGAUUGCGCUGGUCCGAGACGAUCGCUCGUCGGUGGCCCAGGAGCUUGCCAAGAUGCCAAGAGUCGAGGUGCGCAAAAUCCAGGACAUGACCCACGGGGGACAUGAGGGCGCAAUGGAGGCGUUCAAAGGAUGCGACGCGGCGUUCGUGAACGCUGCUGACCCGAAGGACCCCGGAAAAGUGGUCGUGAUGCACCAAAAGAUCGCUGCUGGCUUGACUCAACUCGGUACCAUGAAGCAUGUGGUGAUGUCAACGAUGGAAGAGGUAAGAAAACACCCUAAGAUGGCUGAUGUUCCGGUGAUCCCGAUCGAGCAGUACGAUCUGGCUCCCAAUGACAUGAAGGCGCCCAUGUUGGACGCAAAGGCCAACGCUCAGCAAAGGUUCUUCGCUAACAAGCCGGCCUUGCCCACGACCUUCGUGUACCCCAGCCCCUACAUUGAGCAAGGCUUGAUUUGGCCCUCUGGCAAAAAAGACCCUGUCGUCUUCGAAUGGCCUUUGGGGGUUGGACCAAUCCCAUGGACUGUUUUGAAGGAUUUUGGGCAGGUAGUGGCGGGCAUUUUCGAUGAUCCGUCCAUGGCCACGCGUCGGAAGGAGUUUGUGUACCAGCCCCUUGACUAUGCCAAGGAUGACGUGCUGGCCUUGCGCGACUUGAAGCGUUGUGAACAGCUCGGCG